CCCGCACAUGUCAAAAAGGUCAUGCAAUUGCCAACCUCGUAAUAACAAAUAGUCUACUCCGUACUAAGUGUUCCUUUCUCCUGCCACUCUCAUCACAAGGGAUUAUACCACAUUGCAAUCAAUUAUUUCUUCCACAUCCCCUCCAGCUCCCGAAGUAAACCACGUCCAGGCCAUGGACCCGAAUACGUCAUACCCUUUCGAAACCAACGAUCCGCUCUUCUAUCUCUGUUGGCGCAGACAGUCAUGCGGAUGGUGUCUGCAAGGCGAUGCCCCUUGUAGCUGGUGCUCAGUGACCUCAACCUGUGUCCCCAAUCCCUCUCGCUUCCCCAUCUUGGCGCCUAUAAGCUCCUCCAAGAUCUGUCCCCUGGGAUCUAAAGAGCGAUGGGAACUCCGGGCCGUGCCGUUCGGAUGCAAUAUCAGUACGUUUACAUUCUUGACGGCCGUGACUUCCAUCCUGGGGACUCUCGUUACGAUCGCACUGGGGAUUUUCUCAUUAUGGACUGUAAAAAGACUACAGCACUCUUGGGGACAGGGUAAACUGGGAGGUGAGUAUACGAGUUGGAGCGCUUGUUUAGGACACGGGGAUGUUCGGCGCCGUGCGGUGGGGGAUGUAGAAGGGAACCGAAAUGGGAAUUCUGAGAGGACGCCGCUGUUGGAUGGUGAUUGAUUAAUAGGAUCUGUGUGUGUGGGGAGUGUCGCGCUAAUCGCGGAUUACGAUUUGAGCUACGGAAAUUGUCUCUGGAACAUAUUUGAUGUUUCGUGUUUU